CAAGGUAAUAUUUAAUCGUACCGAUAUUGACAGAUCCUUUGUUAAAAUGUAAAAUGUGGAAACUACCAUCCAUUGACAUUACAGUACAAGAUCGUUCUCUGCUAACUUUGAGAAGACCUUCACACAACGGCAUGGCUAACGCUGGGAGUGUUCCCCCGUUAGCUGGUCAUUUUCUCGGGGCUGAUAAGGGAUUUACGUCUAACAUUCGUUAGGGUCUCUACCGUCCGACCCUAACCUUUGUGUCGCUUCCCCAUUCAGCCAUGUGCUGUUCUUUGAUGAUUCCCCCUUACUGCUGCAUAGCUCAUGAGUUGAGUGAGUGACAUUUAACCAGAUCCCCUCUAGUUGUGAGUUCGAAGCUAGCCUAGUUAAUCUGUGUUCCCUUUGAUUGGUUAAUUUAUAUGAGGUACACCUGUCCCUUAUUCUCCCUGGUUUUCUGUUUGUAUUUAAGUGAAUUCCCUUAGUGGGUCAUUGUAUUAGAAUGCUGUGUUGGUUUUCCUCUGGUUCUGCUCCCUGUGUUGCGCUUUUUUGGAUAUUUUUGUAGUUUUCGUUUCUCCCCCAUAAACCAAUUUGUCUUAGAACUCUGGAGUGGCUCCUCACAUAAUUUCCCCGCCUGCACUAUGCCAACAUUUUUGAAAAUGACUGUAUCUUUAAAGGUCUAACACACUGUUAAAAAGUCAGUGAAGCAUGUCUUCUGGAUUUCACUGUGGGAAAAAUAAUAAAUCCGGCUAAAAACGUACGGGAAAACACGCGUCACUUGUGGUAUUGGUGUUCAUCCCACUUUAAAUCAAGUCACAUUUCUUCAGCAACAGCUUGCACGGCUCCCCGAAUUCACAAGUUCGACCUGUUGAACUAAUAACGGCAUUUAAUUUAUGCGUUUUUUCACAUUUCAAAUUUGCACAUGCAGGUUGAGGUGGAGAUGUAUUUGGCGGUGAUCGCUAUUGUACUUGCUUGGUUAGGGGUGACACCGGUGCAGACGGGUCUCUGCGAGCCGAUGCGUAUCCCGAUGUGCAGGACCAUGCCGUGGAACAUAACCCGGAUGCCCAACCACCUGUACCAUAGCACGCAGAAAAACGCCAUACUGGCAAUCGAGCAGUACGAGGAGCUGCUGGGCAUCAACUGCAGCCCGGACCUGCGCUUCUUCCUGUGCGCCAUGUACGCCCCGAUCUGCACCAUGGAGUUCAUGCACGACCCCAUCAAGCCCUGCAAGUCGUUGUGCGAAAGAGCCCGGGAUGGAUGCGAGCCGGUCCUGAGGUACUACAACCUCAGCUGGCCGGAGAGCCUCGCCUGCGAGGACUUACCCGUGUACGACCGAGGAGUCUGCAUCUCCCCCGAAGCCAUUGUCACUGACAUAGCGAAAGAUGUGGAGGCUGUCGAUUUUUCAAAGGAUAUGUUGAACAUCAGGCGGAUUACGGAAUGCACGACCCCAACAUCUGAUGACUGUACAUGCCAGAAUACGAAACCGACAUUAUCCACAUACAUGGAAAAGAAAUAUGACUACGUUAUUCAUGCUAAAAUAAUAAGUUUUAGUCGAACCGGGUGCCAGGAGAUGACAACAUUCGUAGACGUGAAAGAGGUUUUCAAAUCCACGUCCCCGAUCCCUGAAGCUCACGUGCCUCUGGUGACCAACUCAUUAUGCGUGUGCCCGGAGGUUGUGACCGGCCAGGACGUCCUGAUCAUGUGCUACAAAUGGCACUCAAGGUUAAUGCUGCUGGACAGUUGUCUUGUUGAGGGGUGGAAACACCACCUGAAAAUAAGGUGCCAGCGGUGGGAACAAAGACUACUGGAGCACCAGAGAAGGACCCCAAAGCAAAGGGCUAGGAGCAGGACUCAAACAGUGGACAACCCAAAAUAAACAACCCAGGGGCCAAACACAAAUGUCAGGCCGUCCCAGAAAACCUUGGCCAUCGAAAACUACUCAAACCCAGUACUUUCCUGAUGUGAAAGGAUGAAAAUUAAUGUAAAAAGUGGAACAGCACGCAGUGUACGGAUUACGCGUAGACUUACCGCCCAUUGACGCGCGCCCCCUGCUGCCGAUAAUCAAGAAUUCCAAAUCUUGUUUGCAUAAUCAAAUACCACAAUUCGCUCAUACAGCAUUUUUUUUAGCAUUUAACAUAUAAUAAUUAUUUGAUUAAUCGUAUUACUAACAGGAUCUCAGUCGUUCGUUAUUAUUGUGUGUUAAUAAUCAGUCUAAUCAGUUUAGUCAGUUUAAAAGACCUUUUUAUUCAUAAAAAUAAAUAGUGGAACACCUGCAAUAUGGUAAAUGUCAAUAUAUGAUUCAAAUGUAUUGUCUUACAUUUCAUUUAUUGCCUUGUCAUAGAAACAUAUUUUAAUUCACCCAAUAUAGUAUUUUACAAUAGGUAGUUUUGUACUUUCUGAUAACAUAACAACAACAACAAAAAAACAAACAUUUUUUGCUUCAUUAAAUUACAAUUCCCCCCAAAAAAACUCUGCCUUGUGUCUCAAUUGAUCCAA